AUGGGAGCAAAAGAAGAAGCGAAACGGCUCAUCGCCAGACGAGACGAACUUGAUACGGAAAUUGAAAAUAAUUUGGAGGUUUUGAAGAAGAACGGUUCCACGAUGGACUCGCCGCUCGUCGAUAGGGAAGGGUUCCCGUUCAGUCAUAUUGAUGUGUACAGUGUCCGUCAGGCUCGUCACAACAUAAUUUGUUUGAGGAAUGACCGCAAAGCUCUAACGGAGCAAAUAGAAAAAGCCAUUGAACGGUCACAUGCGGAGAAUCGAAUACGGAAGUCGGAAUCAGAGUCGAACUCUGAAGGAGAAGAAGCAGAAAAUACAAAUCCUGCACCCGAUCCCCCUCCGCUUGUUCAUCGAACCUCAAAUAAGCCGUUCAUAAAAGUUACAACAGUUAUUCCCAACUCACCGGCUGCUCUAGGAGGUCUCAGAGCUGACGACAUGAUAAUCCAAUAUGGGAACUUGCAUGCUGGAAAUUUCAAGGAAAUGAAAGAAAGUGACGGUCCUACGCAACGGAAGGGCUGUCCGCCUCGAAAUCUACCCGAAACGUUGGUCAGGAAACGGUAUUUUGGGUUGCGAGAAAUUGCUACAAGUGACAACUUCCGAUUUUUCAUGGACAAAGGAUUGUUGUCUCAUGAACCAUGGUUACGUAAGUACGACCAUCUUAUUGGUGGUUUUGCAGGAGGUGUAGUGAGUACAGCAGUAUGCCAUCCGAUGGACCUACUCAAGAUUCGCUAUUCAGGAUACGAAACCGGCAGAAUUUAUAGACCUUAUGAUUUUUGGAUGAAAAGUAGCAAAACCGAUGAGGGGAGCAGUUUUCGACCGCGAUACAGAAGUUACUUCCAUGCAACGAAGUGUAUUAUUCGUGCCGAAGGCCUUCGAGGAAUCUAUCAAGGCCUAACUCCCAAUAUGGUCGGUGCCGCGUUGUCGUGGGGCCUCUAUAUGGAAUGGUAUCACAAGAUCAAAGCUGUGUUGCCUAUACGUUCUCCCAAUGAAAAUCUCGAUAAUUUUCUGAUUGGCUUCGCCGCUGGGGCAGCUGUGAUGUGCGUCACAAAUCCAAUUUGGGUCACGAAGACCAGGCUCUGCUUGCAGUACGAGACAGGUGCGGCGAAAAAGUACUCAGGAAUGGUAGAUUGUUUGAGGAAGAUUUACCUGGAGGAGGGAGUUCGAGGCCUUUAUAGGGGAUUCGUGCCAGGAUUAUUUGGCACAGUGCACGGUGCACUUCAGUUCAUGAUUUACAAUCGGAUGAAGGCAUGGCGAUGUGAAAGAAACGGCUUGGUUAAGGAUUCGCAAUUGGGUCAGACUGACUAUCUGAUGUUCUCCGCCAUUUCAAAGGUCAUUGCAACUACAGCUACAUUUCCAUAUCAAGUUCUUAGAACCCGGAUGCAGAGAGGUGUACGAGGUCUGUAUAAAGGCUGCCUAAUGGCCAACUUACGGCAGUUACCAGCAGCAGUUGUGACGUUUGUUACAUAUGAAAAUGUUAGGCGUUUUGUAAGGAAUUCAAAUAUCUAG